CUACCGCUGUCACCAAAUGACAAUCAACAGAACAAUAACCAACCUAAUCCUAUGACACAAAACAACAGAAAGCCAUAGAAAGAACACGUGAAUUAUUUAGUGCUAAAUUUGUUGAAAUUUGUUUUCCCUAAAAUUAUCAUUAAAAACUAAACACAAAACAUUGAAGAAUAAAUAGUUACAAACGACGGACAGACACGAAGAAAACUAAAAACUCUUGAAGCUUACUCCACCAAAAAGGCGAGUUUGUCUGGAGAGAUUUUCUAAAACCCGUCCGUCCCGUAACAACGUUGUGGGACAAAUUCAAGAUUGGAGUGGAUUAGUGGUGUUAAAUUUGAAGGAGCAAUGAUAAAUGGUAAAUCGGAUCACCUAGUUAAAGGUAUGUACAUCAAAAGCAAUCAACAGUCAUGUUUGGAGAAAUGAAAUGCACGGUUUGUUUCGGAACAGCUCUAAAAUUGACACCGAUUGAAGCUGAAUUAGCCGCACAGCAUCACCUAUGCAAUCGCUGCCUAUCGGAUUUGUUCACAGCGGACCUGGAGACCGAUAGCGAAGAUUCCGACUCAAACUUUGAAAUCAAAGAUGAUCCUACUGUGGAGUACGAGUCGGAUGGACAAUAUUCGAACGACUGUGACGAACCGUUCGAUGAUAGCAUUAGCAUCAAGUUCGAACCCGUUGAAGAUCACAUUGAUUCCGAUGGAAACCCGAACGAUGAUCAAGAGGAACCCUUGGAUGUGCAACUUCGAGUAAAGCCUCUUAGAAAGCGUAAACCCAGAGUAACGCCUCUUGAAAAGCUUAAGGUUAAAUGUUCGUAUUGUGACGAGCGCAGUGUCAAUAGGAAAACGUUAGCAGAACAUAUACGAGAAUGCCAUCCGGAUGAGAAAGUUCAUCGAUGUCUCAUCUGUCUAUCGUUUUUCAAGGGAAUCCAGCAGUACGAGGAACACAUUCAAGAUGUUCAUGCUGGAUGCACUGAAAGAUGCAACAUUUGUUUGGAAGGUUACGUACGGAAGGACAAAUGGAAGCAUACGAAUACUUGCUUGGGAAGACUGCUAUUCCGUUGCAUCGCUUGUGAUGAGCGAUACGUAUCGCAAAACGGAUUCCAGAAACAUGUUAACAGCCAUCCGAGCAACGAUGGUAAAGAAGCAACACAUCAAGAAACUAGAACACAAGAACAAGUUUUCACUUGCACCCUGUGUGAAGACGAUAAGGUCUACGAAGAAAGCUCAUACUGGAACCACGUUCAUGUGAUCCACGACGGUCAUCACUUGCGGUGUCCGGACUGCGGCAAAACUUUCAGCAAUCGGAAACACAUGAUCAUCCAUACCGGAUCGCGUUGUAAGGUGGGCGCAAAAGCGCGCGAAAACUAUGCCAAGGCCAAGACCGAAUACGCACCUUCCAAGUGUGAGCUCUGUUCAAAAACUUAUCGCAACCGAAGGCUUCUGCAAACCCACGUGGCCAAAGUUCACAAAGUCAAACCAGUGGUGUGCGAUCUCUGUGGUAUAAGUUUUGCCAACGCUACUCCAUUGCGUUACCACAAGAUAAAAUCCCAUACCGAACCCGCGGAGAAGUGUCCGCAAUGCCCAAAGCGGUUUCACCUAGCGUGGGAUCUCCGACAGCACCUGGCUACCCACGAAACGGCAGGGAAAUUCGUCUGCGAAGAAUGUGGCCGUAUGUUCAAACGGAAACCCGCUCUCGAGUUGCACGUCAAGUCCCACCAGAACCGAAGAUCGAUACCAGGGACGACCGGGAAGCACGCCUGUGAGCUUUGUGAUCGCCGAUUUAAACACAACUUUCUUCUGGUGGCUCAUCGGAAGGUGCACGAUCCGGAUCGGGUGUUGGAGAAGAAGUUUGCUUGUAAGGUAUGUGACAAGAAGUUUGCAAGUUAUGCCGGUUUGUAUUGUCACAUGAAGGGCAAGUACGUUCAUCAGAAGAGGAGCUGUCCAGUGUGCAACGUAGUAAUAAAAGGAAAGGAUCGGUAUGCCGAGCAUUUGGUGGGGCAUUCCGGACAAAGUUAAGUCAA